GAGCAGGGACCCAUGAUGCUGCCAUAUAUAAGCAACUGGGAUGGGACCUUGAAGCCGCUCUCCCAGGUCCCAUGCCGCCGAUGCAGGCGCCACCACUGCCAGCCAGUGUACCAGUAGCACACUCAACCUGAGAAGGGAUAAUAAAUGUCCAUCCUGAGGACCAAACAUUGCACCAACCAGUGCAGGAAGUACAAGAGCUGGUGUUAUCUGCACUGAUAUCCAAGGAGCAUAAUGACAGGACGGCAGCGGAUGUCAAUCCUGUAGGUGGCCCUUUAAACCAGGGUGCCAUCCACGCCAAUAUUCUUGAGAAACCCCCAGAGAGGACCGUCGCACCCCAUACCAUGUCUUCCGGUAUAGAUGGAGCUGGAAACCAUCCGUCUUCUACGGCAAUGCCUUACGAGGGCCAUGCCGCUUUGGAACCAGCCAAGCGCCAAGAGCUUGCCAGGCAGGGUCAUCAAGGAGUUGUGACUAACGUGAUGGAGACUGCUGAGGGAACAUUGGGACUCGCGCAACAAGAGGAGCAAGAGAGACUAACAGUGGAUCAAGUGGAUCCAGAGCAAGCCUGGAAGGAGGUAGAUAAGAGAGUGGUGGCAGAGAUAGCACUCUUCAAGGAAGAUGCUGACCUGCAACAACAAGAGUCCCAAGGAGCCACAAUGAGUUCAGAUCAGCAAGGAUGCAUCAUCCCAUCUGAAGUCCUGACUGGCAUUAAUGCAGAAGACCAGUCACCUUUUCCUGCGGAAAUUACAUCGAGUCCUCAGGCUGGAGCAGCAACCUUCCAGGAUCCAACAACUCACAGAGGCACACCAGCUGCUCCAAGCCAGACUACUGUGCGCCAUGGAAGACUAUCCCGGCCACUGGGAACAAAAAAGGCCCGGAAUACAGCUAAGCAGCGACGGUCCAAGGAGAACCUUCCUUCCGGCAUUGAGCAGACACAGGUCAACAAGCAUACUCGCCGUGGAUGAGCCGCACAGAAAAAGAGGGCCUCAAAGGUUGUCAUGCAGAUCGAUUUCCGUGCAUGGAUAGAAAGAAAUCAGACCGUGGCAAAUCCACAACCCGAACUACCUCGUGCAAAACGGCCCCGACCAGUGGACGAGGAAAGCGGGGAGACUGGCCACAGCUCUGCAACCUCUGGCACAGGCUUGACUUCACCAGAGCAGAGGAAAAGGUUAUGGCCUAACAGGCCCCGAAAAGGAGAGGAACACGCGCCAUCGAAUGAUGUAAAUGAGGUGAAACCUCUACCCUUACCUCCCAUGCC